AUGCGACCACUGACUGACGCGGAGACGACGACGCUGUUUGAAAAGCUUGCACACUACAUCGGCAAGAAUUUGGUGCAUCUUAUUGAUCGGCCCGACGAUCCACACGUUUUUCGCUUGCACCGCGACCGCGUGUACUAUUUAUCGGAGACGAAUAUGCGCCUCGCAAGCUCGAUUGCGCGCCCACAUCUCAUGUCCCUGGGCACCUGUUUUGGCAAAUUCAGCAAGACAGGCAAGUUCCGCAUCCAUAUUACUGCACUGGACUACCUAGUGCAGUACGCGCGUCACAAAGUUUGGAUCAAGCCUAAUGGUGAGAUGCCUUUCCUGUAUGGAAACCAUGUCGUGAAGGCGCACGUUGGCCGCAUUACCGAUGAUACCCCCGAGCAUGCUGGUGUAGCGGUCCUGAAUAUGAGUGGCGUCGGCUUGGGAUUCGGCGUCACCGCACGGUCGACGACAGAUACGCGCAAUAUGGACCCCACAAAUAUCAUCGUGUUCCACCAGGCGGAUGUGGGCGAAUACUUGCGCGACGAGGAUACACUGUUUUGA